AUGGCCGAAACCAAGUCCGGCGACACGGAGCACGGAACAACCAAGCGUGUUGGUCUGGACUCUGGAAAAGCUCUGCUAGCCCAUGGACCCUCGGUAAUGCACGAGUUCGUGGCUUCCCGACUCGAAGCUUCUUUGGGAGGUGAGCUCCCGCAAAUGGAGGUUCGCUUUACCGACUUGUCGGUGUCAGCAGAUAUCACGGUUGUCGAGGACGACGGCAACUCCAGCGACCUCCCAACACUCUGGAACACCGUCAGGAAGUCCGUAUCGGGUAUCGGGCGUAAGAAGCAAGUGGUGCACAAGGAGAUCCUGAAAAAUGUGACUGGCGCCUUCCGACCGGGUACGAUGACGCUUGUACUAGGACAGCCUGGUUCAGGCAAAUCUUCACUCAUGAAGGUGCUCAGUGGUCGAUUCCCCACGGCCAAGAACGUUACCGUCUCGGGUGACAUAACGUACAAUGGAUUGAGCCAAGCAGAGAUCAAGAGUCAACUGCCACAGUUCUUGUCGUACGUUCCUCAACACGACAAACACUUUGCCACUCUUACAGUUCGUGAGACUCUCGAGUACGCCCACGAGUUCUGCGGUGGCGAGCUAAAGCGACGUGCUGGAGAGUUGUUAACUCAAGGCCAACCGGACGAGAACGCCGAGGCACAAGCUGUUGCCAAGGCCGUGUUCGACCACUACCCCGAGGUUGUAGUGAACCAACUGGGUCUUGUUAACUGUCAAGACACCAUCGUCGGUGACGCUCUUCUACGUGGUGUAUCGGGUGGGGAACGUAAGCGUGUGACGACUGGCGAGAUGGAAUUUGGCAUGAAGUACAUGACGCUCAUGGAUGAGAUCAGUACGGGUCUGGACAGUGCUGCAACUUUUGACAUUAUCAACACACAGCGCAGUAUCGCUCACCGUUACCACAAGACUGUGGUGAUCGCUCUGCUGCAACCUGCACCGGAGGUGGUGGCUCUAUUCGAUGAUCUCAUGAUUUUAAACGCCGGAGAGAUCAUGUAUCACGGUCCAAUGAGCGAAGUGGUACCUUACUUUGCUGGUUUAGGCUUCGAGUGUCCUCCAGGACGUGACGUAGCUGACUACCUCAUGGAUCUAGGGACAAAGCAACAGGCUCAGUACGAAGUGGAGCUCCCAGUGACAAACUACGCACAUCCUCGUGAGCCCAGUGAGUUCGCUCGUGCCUUCCGAGAGUCACACAUUUACCAGAAUAAUUUACAGAAUCUGGCCAAACCGACGAGUGAUAAACUCAAACAGGUAGCUGAGAAACACAUGAAGCCCAUGCCUGCGUUCCACCAGUCGUUCCAGGCCAGCGCGUUGACGCUGCUUCGUCGUCAGAUGUUCAUUAUUGGACGCAACAAGCCGUACAUUUUCGGUCGUGCACUCAUGAUCACAGUCAUGGGGUUGUUAUAUGCAACAACGUUCUACCAGUUCGACCCAAAGGAGAUCCAGGUGGUCAUGGGUAUCAUCUUUGCCGGUACAUUGUUCCUGUCGCUGGGUCAGGCUUCGCAGCUCCCCACGUUCAUCGCAGCACGUGAGAUCUUCUACAAGCAGCGAGGCGCUAAUUUCUUCCGAACUGCCAGUUAUGUGGUCGCUAAUUCCGUGAGUCAGCUUCCUCUGUGCAUCACUGAGACCCUUAUUUUCGGGACACUGGUGUACUGGAUGUGCGGCUUCGUGUCGGAGAUUUUGGAAUUCUUGCUCUUCUUGAUGGUUCUGUUCAUGACAAACUUCGGAUUGGGGUCGUUCUUCUUCGUAUUGACGGCAGCAGCGCCGGAUAUCAACAUUGCGACGCCCAUUUCGAUGGCUUCGACGCUGAUUUUCAUCAUUUUUGCGGGUUUUAUCAUCACGGAAAGUCAGAUUCCGGGCUAUUUCAUUUGGCUGUACUGGAUCACUCCGGUGUCCUGGACGUUGCGUGCUCUUGCCAUUAUCGAAUACCGUUCUGCAGCACUGGAUGUUUGUGUGUACGAUGGAAUCGACUACUGUACGACCGAAGGCACCACCAUGGGGAAAUACUAUCUGCAGUUGUUUGAUAUCAAGUCUGAGAAGAUCUGGAUUUUCUACUGCGUUAUCUACAUGGCUGUCUUCUACGUGACGUGUAUGACACUGGGUUACUUGGCUCUGGAAUACAAACGCUACGAGACCCCGGAGAAUGUCGGUGUCAGCACUAAAAAGACUGAAGAAGACGACGCUUACCGACUUGCUAGUACCCCCACUAGUAACGCGUCCAAGUCCCUUACAGCUAGCGAAGUGGUUGUGGAUGUAUCAGCACGGAACUCGACGUUCACUCCAGUGAUGGUGGCGUUCAAGAAUCUGCGGUAUUCGGUGCCUAAGCCGUCAAACCCCAAGGAAUCCAUUGAGCUUCUUAAGGGUAUCAGUGGCUUUGCUCUUCCGGGUAAAAUGACUGCUCUUAUGGGUGCUUCAGGCGCUGGUAAGACCACAUUAAUGGACGUGAUCGCUCAUCGAAAGACUGGUGGAACUAUCUCUGGUCAGAUCCUCCUGAAUGGAUACGAAGCCAACGAGUUGGCUAUCCGUCGGUGCACGGGUUACUGCGAGCAGAUGGACAUUCAUUCUGAAGCUUCUACGAUCCGUGAAGCUCUCACCUUUAGUGCAUUCUUACGCCAGGACAGCAGUGUACCCGACAGCGCUAAGUACGACUCGGUGGAGGAGUGCUUGACUCUACUGGACAUGCAAGACAUCGCCGACCAGAUCAUCCGAGGCAGCUCCACGGAACAGAUGAAGCGAUUGACGAUUGGUGUGGAGCUGGCGGCACAGCCCAGUGUCUUGUUCCUUGAUGAGCCUACUAGUGGACUGGAUGCUCGUUCAGCUAAAGUGAUCAUGGAUGGAGUGCGCAAGGUUGCAGACUCGGGACGUACCAUUGUGUGUACCAUUCACCAGCCUUCGUCGGAAGUUUUCUUCCUGUUUGACAGCCUCCUGCUUCUUAAACGCGGUGGAGAGACGGUAUUUUUCGGUGACUUGGGUCACAAGUGCAAGCAUUUGGUGAACUACUUUGAGGCUCUUCCUGGAAUCUCACCGCUACCGUCCAAGUACAACCCUGCGACGUGGAUGCUCGAGUGUAUCGGUGCCGGUGUUUCCAACAAUUCAGCGGAUGCAAUGGACUUUGUAUCGACGUUUGAGGCUAGCGAACAGAAGCAGAAGCUCGACCGCGCUCUGUCACAGGAAGGCAUUGGACUGCCAUCCUCUGACAUCCCUGAGUUGCUGUUCGCUAAGAAACGAGCUGCGGCUUCCAUGACCCAGAUGCACUUCCUUGUCAAGCGGUUUCUGGAUAUGUACUGGCGUUCGCCUACGUAUAACCUCACACGAGUGGGCAUGUCGGUGUUUUUGGCGCUACUUUUCGGUGUGACGUUCACUCAGGCGGAGUAUGAGACGUACCAAGGUUUGAACUCUGGUAUGGGUAUGCUCUUCAUGUCCACACUAUUCAACGGUAUGAUCUCGUUCCAGUGUGUACUGUCCGUGGCUUCUGCUGACCGUCCUGCGUUCUACCGCGAACGUGCGUCGCAGACUUACAACGCUUUCUGGUACUUUGUGGGCUCGACGGUUGUGGAGAUUCCCUACGUGUUCGGUGGCACGUUGGUUUACACUGCCAUCUUCUUCCCACUGGUACAGUUCACUGGCUUCUACACGUUCGUCAUGUACUGGAUCAACACGUCGCUGUUGAUCCUCAUGCUCACGUACAUGGGACAAAUGUUCGUCUACCUGCUGCCCAGUGAGGAGGUUGCAGGCAUCAUCGGUAUCUUGGUAAAUUCGGUUUUCUUCCUGUUCAUGGGCUUCAGUCCGCCGGCCAACCUCAUUCCGUCCGGGUACAAGUGGCUCUACACCAUCACGCCUCAGCGUUUCUCGCUCGCGAUUCUUGGAGCGUUGGUGUUCGCGGACUGCCCCGAUGAGCCCGUGUACGACGAAGAGACGAAGACCUGGAGUGGUGUUGGCUCUGAACUUGGCUGUCAACCGCUGGAGAAUGCACCUGUAGCCACUGGUGCUGUCACCGUCAAACAGUUCACGGAAGACGUGUUCGGCAUGAAGCACGACGAGAUCUGGACCAACUUUGUCGUGACUAUUGCAUUCAUUGUGGUCUUCCGCCUCAUUGCUCUUCUCGGACUGCGAUUCGUUAACAGCCAGAAGCGGUAA